AUGGACAGAAGAAGUACUGAAGCUCUUAUGAAUGCGAUUGUUGAGAAGGAUGGAAAAGGAGCGGCCGUUCAAUUAAUGUUUCCAGCUAUUUACAAACUUAGCUGUCGGAUGAAUGUCCGUUUCUUCCCCUACGAUCAACAGAACUGUAGUUUCAUCAUCUCUUCUUGGACUCAUGAUAGCGCUACAAUUAAUUACCAUUAUGAAAGGCCAACAGUUAAUUUAUUAAAUUUUGCCCAAAAUGAUGAAUGGACUGUUAUCAGCUUUAAUUUUGAGAGAAUUGAGCAACAAUUCAAAUGUUGUAAAAAUCCGUGGACUAUGCUUUAUGCUCAUCUGUCAAUUUGGUACUGCCCACUUCCAUCAUUACAGUUGUUGCAGUCACUGGAUUUUUUACACCUUCUUCAAGCAGCAGCGAAAGAGAUGAAAAGCUUUAUUUGGGAAUUAAUACUUUGAUGACAAUGAUGUUGAUGCUUUUGAUGGUAUAAUAACGUGGAAUUUUUGCGGAUUGAUAUUUGCGGACAAAAAUUGCGGACAAAGACGAGACUUGCGGACAAAGACUUGCGCACUUCCACUAGACUAUUUGCGGAUAGUCUCUAGACAUUUACGGACAUCCUUUCGACUUUUGCGGACAUCCCUAGACUUGCGGACAUCCACUCGAUAUUUGCGGACACCUGCCAGAUUUGCG